AUGCCGUCCUCCGUCACGUGGGGCCUCCUCCUGCUGGCAGGCCUGUGCUGCCUGGCCCCGGCCGCCCUGGCUGAAGACGCUGCCCAGGACACGGAUGCAGCCGAGCACGCUGAGGAGUCCGCCAGCCACAAGAUCGCGCCGAACCUGGCCGACUUCGCCUUCAGCCUGUACCGCCAGGUGGCCCGUCAGUCCAACGACACCAACAUCUUCUUCUCCCCAGUGAGCAUCGCCAUGGCCUUCACCAUGCUCUCCCUGGGAGCCAAGGGCACCACUCGCACCCAGCUCCUGGAGGGCCUUGGUUUCAACCUCACGGAGAGAGCAGAGGCUGACGUGCACAGUGGCUUUGAGAACCUCCUCCACACCCUCAACCAGCCAGACAACCAGCUGCAGCUGACUACCGGCAAUGGCUUGUUUGUCAACGACAGCCUGAAGCUGGUGGACAAGUUUCUGGAGGACGUGAAGAAGAUGUACCACUCCGAAGCCUUCUCCGUCAACUUCAAGAACUCCGAAGAGGCCAAGAAAAAAAUCAAUGAUUACGUAGAGAAGGGAACCCAGGGGAAAAUUGUGGAUCUGGUCCAAGAGCUUGCUGAGGACACAGUGUUUGCUCUGGUGAAUUACAUCUUCUUUAAAGGCAAAUGGGAGAGGCCCUUCAAUGCCAAGAUGACAAGAGAGGAGGACUUCCACGUGGACAAGGCCACCACGGUCAAGGUGCCCAUGAUGAAUCGCCUGGGCAUGUUCAACGUGCAUCACUGCAGCAAGCUCUCCAGCUGGGUGCUGCUCAUGGACUACGUGGGCAACGCCACCGCCUUCUUCCUGCUGCCCGACGAGGGGAAGCUGAGCCACAUGGAGGAGCUGCUCACCAAGGAGGACCUCAGCGCGGCCCUGGCAAGGAAAUCCCGCAGUUCUGCCCAGCUGAGUAUGCCCAAACUGUCCAUUUCUGGAACCUACGAUCUGAAAGCCACCCUGGGCGGAAUGGGCAUCACCAAGGUCUUCAGUGAUGGGGCUGAGCUCUCGGGGAUCAGCGAGGGGCCACCCCUGAAGCUGUCCAAGGCUGUGCAUAAGGCUGUGCUGACCCUGGAUGAGAAGGGGACAGAAGCUUCCGGGGCCACAGUUGUGGAAGCCAUUCCCAUGUCGAUGCCUCCAGUGCUUAACUUCAACAGGCCCUUCGUCACGGUCAUCUAUGAUAAAGUCACCAAAGCCCCCCUCUUUGUGGGAAAGGUGGUGAAUCCCACCCAGAAUUAG